CAAUUAGAUGUCAUAUCAAUAUCAUCCCUUAAAUAAAAAGGAAAUAAUAUCAUCACCAUUAUGUACAUAUCAAAUGGAAUUUUUUUAAUAUAAUAUACAAACAAACAAACAUUCAAAAGCUUUAUAAUACAAAUAAUACAAUUCAUCGACCGACCGACAAAAGGGCCGAUCGAAGAUGUGCCAUUAUUAUAUAUACAUAUAAAUAAAUGAAUGGAGCCAACAAUACAAGAAGAAUGUAGCACUAAAUAUGCUUUACUAAAAAACAUCAACCGCUCACCAUCCAUUAAUCUAUCCAUGAACCUAAUUUGACAGGUCCAAUCGAAAAAAAAUCUCUUAUCAGUGUCUAAAUCAAUAGAUGACUUUAGCCGUAUGAAACAUGAAUUACAAUUAAAUUAUAAUUUUAGUAUAAAACACUCUGUCGCUAAUUAUUCAAGUAUAACCUCAAGUAACUACUACUUCUGGCUGUCACGCACGAGAUCCAGAUCGAGCUACUGCACGAGAAAAAACAACACAUAAAAAGAUCAGAGGGUUGAAAGUAAUAACAGUAUUCACUCAGAAGGUCUCAGGUUCGAAUUCGUCGUAAACCAGGAUCUAGUGAUGAAGGGCAGAUAAAGAGAUACCGAAUUUUCUUGGAGUAGAGAUUCUUCCUUUGGGAUUCUGAAGUGCAAAAUGGAAUCCGACGACUAGCCCUGAUUGUAUCUUCCCACAGCUUUAUUGAACCGCAAAAACUCGAUCUGUUGAUUUCCAACUAUGCAGCUGAUUGCAGGGAGGGAGGAGGAGAGAUGAUGCAGUUCAAGAAAGCUGUGGAAGAGUACAAGCAGAAGCCAUUUUCAUUGCAGAAAAUUAUUGGAGAAGAGGAAGAAGAAGGAAAGGGGAAAAGAGUUUUUUUUUUUUGGGGUUGGAGUUGUAGGGUUAGUGAGGGUGUGGAGACGAGAGAGUGAGAGAGAGAUUUAUAGGCUGGAAAGGAAUUCUGAUGAGUAGGGUUUUCUUCUAUUUUAUUAUUUUGGGUGUUUUUUUUUAUAACCAUGGAUGGCAGGCCACCAAUCCCAAGAAGAAUAUUGGAAGGAGGGGCUUUCAGAUUUACUUCUCUUCCUCUGCCAACAAUAAUACUAAACCAAAAGAAACCCUACUUCCUUUGUUCCCUCCCCCACUCUCCUAACUUACCAUCAAUAAUAAAUGCUAGGUUAAAAAUUUAGGACGGCAAAUAGUGACAUAUUCUCGUCAUGAUAAUAUGAUCAUAACAUAGUAGUAUGAUUCGUAUCAAUGAUGGUAAGAGAUGCGGGUUUAGCAGAUUUUAUAACUUCUCGAUAUUAUAAGGUAAUUCGGGCCUUAAUAAAUAAAUAAAUAUUAUCCAAUCAAAUAUGAGGGUUUUUUUUUCUCUAUUUGGUUAUUUAUAUGUAUUUUAAUGCUAUUUUAUUUAUUUAUUUAUGGUAUGGUGGAUUUCAAGUUUCAUCUAGCCCUAGAUAGCACCAACCGUUUAUAGUGGCAAAAUCAUAUCCAAUCACACAGGAAAAUGGUGUUGGACUACACAGUAAGAGGUCUCGUGAUAUAUAUGGACCCAUAUUGCGAGUGCAGUAACAAAAAAAUAUUUUCGGUAUAGAGGUUCUAAGGUUCUCUAAUCUAUCGAUUCUCGAUUUGGAUUGCAACUCAUGCCACCACGUACGACUUAGAUUUCAUAGCAAUCAACAGAGCAACAACAAUUUUGACAGAGUACUGUGUAUUAACGAAUAGUCGAAACGUACAAAAAAAAAAUGAUGACUACGUGGACAAAAACCAAAGGGUGAAGAAGGGGAAAUCCUCACAAUGCUCAGGAAUUUUUUUUUUUUUCAAAUUCAAAAUAAGAUAACAAUAAUAACAUUGAGCUAAAGAAAAUAGAUGUUCUUCUGUGAACUACAGAUUAUGAUGUGUUGCUGUUGUGGCGUUGCAAGUCCAAUGCAUAGAGAUCGAAAUUCGAAAGAGUGUAAGAAUAAUUAAGCAGAGCAUGAACUCGAUCGGAAAGUUCUGUUGUGUGCUGGCGCUCGUGUUAAGAUACCCAAGCUAUUCAUUUGCUUUGUUUUGUAUGGUUAAACAUGAAAAGUGUCAUACGAUGAUUUAUAGGUUAUCUGUCAUUAAUUUUCUAAUUAUUUACACGACACAUGGAGGGUCUAAAAUAUACUACUUAAUGGUAUAUAUAUAUAUAUAUAUAUAGUAUAUGAUAAAUGUUUCCUAUUAAAAAAUAUGGGACGACUCAUACGUUGCAAGUCCAUGAUCUUUGUUUUUUGUUUUUCAUUGGGCCAAUGACCUUUGUUGUCGUUUCAUCCAACUAAGUAGCUUGAGGGCUUGUUAGUUGUAUUCAAGGUGAAUAUUAUUACUCCAAACAUGGAUAUAAUAAAUUCAAACUAAGUAGCUUGCGGUCCUCCGUUUUCGAUAAUGGACAUGCCGAAUUUGAAAAGACUCGAGAAUUUGAUCCAACGUCAACAUAAUUGUAAACGCGAUGCGUGGUAGAAGUUUUUUGCGAUUCACUUGAAAAAAAGGUCUUACAUUCGAAGUAAGUGGUUACUCGACAAUAGCUCCUUUGAGACGUUUAGAGGAAUUGUAUAGUAUUCGAUAGUAUGGCAUCUCUCAACAACUUAGAUUACUUACUUUAAUUUAUUGAAACCAACAUUAUUUUUUACAUGGUAUCAUAGAUUUUCAAUGUGCGGUGGUCUUUCUUAUUAGAUGCAUUUGAUUGACAUGAUAUUCUACACUCCAAAGUAUAUGACCAUAUAUAUGAUUUAGCCGUAUGGUAUAUAUCUGGUAAGCUUGGCUUGAAUUUGAUGGUGCGUGUAAAGGAACAAUCACAAUUUGAAUUAUUGAAACCAACAAAUUCUUGACAUUUUAAUUUACAAGAGACAAUCACUGCCCUUAAAUCAUCAUCAAGGUAAAAGGUGAUCCACCCAACUCAUCAUCCUUUUGGAAUAGGAUUAUAGCUCACUCUUGGAAAAAUCCAGCUCAGAAACACUUGUUACUUGUGACUUGUCCAUGUAUACUAAGUUACUAACCCUUAAACUAAACAAGAAUCUCACAGUUAGUUCAAGCAAGCACACUAAUUAAGCGACUAUUAAACACCUCACUAAUGGGGAAUGCGAGUUUGGUUGGAAGUACAAUUAGCUAGCUGGCUAGAGGGAUUAGUCGAGUACAGAUAGGAUUAGAGUGGGGUCUUGACUCUUGAUUGUGAUUAGUCCAUUAAUUAGGAGGAGGGAUUUGGUGUAAAAUUCACAUGGAAGCAUGUGAUCAAAGGAGCCCACAAAACAGCAAAGGAAAGAAGAAGAGAACGUGUGCGUAGGACUGAGUACGCCCUCCGUUUAUCCCGGGACGGAGGUCUCUUUGUCGUCCUUCUUUUUCUUCAAGCCUCCUCCUUCAUUUCAAGGUUGUCAACUCGAUUUAUUCUGUUGGUUCGAUCGAGUAAUUGAUUUGACAGUUAAUGUUCUGAUAAAAAAAUUGAAAAGGCGUGCGGAUCAAGGAGCUGCAUGGUUUUUCGAUUAAGAGACAAAGGAAUGGAGCCCUUCUCACAUUCUAGAUAGACUAAAUUACGAAAGAAAAAAAUGUUUGCCCGUGUGCGAGCCACUCGAGAAGCAAGCUAUUACCGCGAGCGGCUGGAUCUGUGUAGGGUCCCAUCCCUGGAUACCAGGUGCAUGGCAACAAGGAAAGCGGCUAAUUGACACUACCUUUGAAGACGCACCAUCAAGGGACGCAGACUAGUCACUUGGAUACGCUUUCUCGAAUGGGGGAUCCACCGAAACUUGUAUUGGAAAAGUCAGCGCGACAUGAUAUUUUAUGCCGAAACCAUGAUUUAACCGUGGUACAACCUUCUCAUACCACCUAUUAGUUUCGCUUUCGAUAUGAGAUUUUUCUGGUAGAACCACCAGACAGUACGGUACUUACUAGCUAGCUAGCUCGCUCUGCCUUUCUUUACAUAUUAAAAAGAAACAGGGAAUGGGAAGAAGGAACAAGAAGAAGAUCGAAGAAAGAAAGAAAGAAAGUCUGUCCAUGUUUUCCUUGUCCCCCCUAUGUGCUUUUGUUAAGAUCUCUCAACUUUAGUUUCUGUCUCGAAAAACAUGGGUCAUUUUGUCCCACGAAUUGGCCACCCUCGAUGAUCCGGCAGCUGUGUUCUAUAAAUAUUAAAUUGGUUUCAACAGCAAGUGGGUAUUCUAAAACUUCCAACAAAGCUUGCUAAUUAAUCCCACUACACUAUUUAAGUGGAGUAGAUUGAUAUGUUUCUUUGGCAGUGAAAUAUGGUGUACACAUCCAAAGCUAUCGUUAUUAGAUGUAGAGUUAAAUGUGGUUUAAGCUAUACGCUAGUUUCGAUUUUUAGAAGUCCUACAUAUGAAUAUGAAAUAUGAAUGAACAAAAUCUUUGAAAUUGAUGACAAACGUAUCCUUGUAACAUACACAUCCACGAAGCACCGUAAGGUGUUGAUGGACAUGUCCUUGUACAACACAUAAAUAAAAAAAAAUUAAUAGUUAUUAUGCAUAUUUUUGGUUUUCACAUGUUAUAUGUCCGGAAAAUUGAUAUGUUAUCUCUCGAUUUAGUUAUCAUGUUUCUAACAUCUAUAGUAUUCUCUCGGUAUUCGACAAUGCAUUCGUGAUUUGAGGGUGAAUGAGUUUAGUAGAGUACAACGACUAAUUGAUUGAAAAACUACCAUGCAUUUAACUCAUUUCAUCUCCAAUUGGCACUUAAGUCAAUCCAUUCCAUUCCAAAUAUACCACCCUUUAUUGGAACAAAGUAGAGUGAAUUGGUAUUGCAAAGGAUGAAAAAUCUAAAAAUCCAAAGCCCACCCAAUUUCAAUACCAAUGUGGGCUCCAGAAACCCAAAACCAUGAGAGAAAAAAACCUAAAAUUCCAAAGCCCAAUAGGCGGGCCCAGCAGUUCAACCACACCACGACGGCCCACGGCACCAUUUCUAAACGCUGUCGUCUCGUCCUCAUCCCCUCCCCACAUUGGGCCUUAGUUCACGAAUCGGAUAAAGAUCAAGAGGAAGAGACGGAAUCCAAAUAGGGUUUGUUUAUGGACCCGAAAGUCCAUACUAAACUGAAUUUGAUAAUUCUCUCUCUCUCUCUCUCUCUCUUUUUAUCCCUCUCCCUUAUCUCUUCAGAUGUAAGGAGAAAGAAGAGUAAAGCGAGCUUUUCCCCUUUCUCGAGCCCUCAGAUCCAAUUAAGCCCUUCUUCAGCUGGAUCUGUUUGGCUCCUCAGCAAAAAAAAAAAAAAAAAAGGCCCAAAUCCUUUCGCUCCUCCCUUCCAUCCCCAGAAAAUCCACAGAUCUCUCAGUCUCUCUCUAUCGCGGUCUCGACCCUCCAUUGCUGUUCCCUCGUGCGUCUCUUCGCAGUCUGUGGGUUUGUUUAGGGGUGGGGGAAAAAAAUUGGAAGUAUAACCAAAACCCUAGAUCUCGCAGAGCCCAUCGGAGCUUGGUUGGGCCCCCGAUCUUCCUACCUUCCGUCCUCUCUCUCUCUCUCUCUCUCUCUCACAGUCGCGCGAAGAUCAGCGUUUCCCUCCCUUUUUUCUUCAAUUGUCCGGUAAAUUAGCUCUUAACCCUAACUUUUCUCAGCUCUUAAUUUGAUAGUUUUUGUUCCCCUUUCGCUUUCCAUUUUGAUUUUGAUUGGUUCCGUGUUUCUGUGGUCGUUGAAUUGCGUUAUUGUUCAAUUCGUUUCAUUUCUUGAGCUCGUUCCGGUUUUCAAUUAUGGUGUUCUUGAAGCUGCGCUGUUGCUUCGGGGCCGGCGUUUCCUUUUGGUGUGCGAAUUUAACGAGUAGCUCUGUGAAUUUCGUAUCUCGAGCUUCAGAGUUUUCUGGGGUUUCGAAAUUUGGAACUAAUUUUUUGAAAAAAAUUUGGAGGUAAAUGAUUUUCGUUUUGGAGGGAAAAACGACGGUCGGCCAGUCAGUUGGCGAUGGGUGCCCUUUGUUUGUUUCGUUAUCGAUUGGGUUUAAUCGUUCUUUCUUCCGGGCUUUGUUCGUUCCUUUCUUUCGGGUGUGCUUUUUUUUAUGGCUGUUCGGCCGGCCGAUGACAAGCCCAACCGAGGGGAAAAUGAAUUGGCAGUAGAUCU